UCUUCUUGCUCGUGAGUAGCGCAAUUUAUAUCAUCAUAAUUUCAAAACAGAGGAAUAAUAUUAUUAUAGUCGUGUGUUUAUACAGAGAUACAAUGUUAUUUAUAUUUUUCAUCAUUAUUGCGGGAUCUAUAACACUUUCAUCAUGUCAAACGGGGUCCUGUCCACCGACCCUCUCAGUGGAUAUAUGUGAGGCGCUAUGCGGGCCCUCUGUGGCCUGUAACAGCACUCAGCUCUGCUGCCCUACAGCAUGUGGAGGCGCCAUGUGUGUAGAAGCUAUGACGCAGAGGCAUUUUGUUAAUUUAGUGAAGAAAGGCCGUUGCCCCGAGUACCCCCGUGGACCCUGGGUGUGCAGUCACACGUGCACCGGUGACUCCGACUGCCCCAGGACCCUCAAAUGUUGCCCCAAUAGAUGCGGGGCACUUAUUUGCCAGAAACCGGAACACGAUGAAAUAGUACCUACCAUGAAUUAAUUUGUGAAUAAACUAGUGAAUUGUUCA